AUGGAGUUCAUGCUGUUUGGUGAUGUGAGUGGAGAAAACGAAAGAGAUUACUUCCAGCUCAAGGCAAGACACAGAAGGAAGAAAAGUAUGAAUCUUGGAUGGAAAUGGGAAAGUGUAAGUGGGGAUUAUAAUGAGUUCAAAGCGCCUAUAGUGUGGAAGGAGUCAGGGAAGGAGAUUGAGAUAAGGCCGAAGCAGAACCCACGUUAUUACGCAAGGAGAAGACAAUCGUCGAAAAAGCCCCUAUACGGGAAGGGGAUUGCUUGCGUUUCAGAUGAGCUAGGAAUAGACAAAACAGAGCUUAUCCUCGAAUUCGCCUACAGGUAUCACCAGAGGUACAAAAUGGUGCUCUGGAUUGGUGGGGAGAGCAUGUACAAGAGGAGGAAGCCAUUCUGA